AUGGGACAUUGUGUAGUUUCUUCUCUACUUCUUGUCUCAGUUUUACUUCUUUUCUCUCUGUUUCACUCACCAACCGAAGCCAUUCAAAAGCCUUACAUUGUCUACAUGGGAGCACAUUCGCAUGGCCCGAACCCUACCUCGGCUGAUCUCGAAAGCGCCACAUCUUCACAUUACAGCUUGCUCGGAUCAUACAUGGGAAGCGAGGAGAAGGCGAAAGAAUCCAUGUUGUACUCGUACAACAGAUACAUUAAUGGAUUUGCUGCAGUCUUUGACGAGGCAGAAGCCUCUGAGAUUGCAAAGCAUCCAAACGUAUUAUCGGUUUUCGAAAGCAAGCCAAAGAAACUACACACAACUCAUACAUGGGAUUUCCUUGGUUUGGAGAGAAAUGGAGUUAUUCCUAAGAGUUCGAUUUGGAAAAAGGCUCGGUAUGGUCAAAAUACAAUUAUUGGAAACCUUGACACUGGUUCUUGGCCAGAAUCAAAGAGUUUUAGUGAUAGAGGGAUUGGACCCAUUCCAUCUAGGUGGAAAGGAAUAUGUCAAGAUGAUGUUAAAGAUGGAUUUCGUUGUAACAGGAAGCUUAUAGGAGCAAGGUACUUUAACAAAGGUUACUCUACGUUUCUCAUGCUUGUCAAUCGUACCAUAACCCCGGAACUCAACAAAACCAUGCACAGCCCUCGAGACGAUGGAGGCCAUGGCAGCCACACCCUAUCGACUGCGGGAGGUAGCUUUGUUCCCGGAGCAAAUGUGUUUAACAAUGGCAAUGGCACAGCCAAGGGCGGUUCUCCAAUGGCACGCGUGGCUGCAUACAAGGUAUGCUGGGAAGGAGAAAUGUGCUUUGACGCCGACAUUCUGGCAGGGUUUGAGGCUGCAAUAGCUGAUGGAGUUAAUGUGCUCUCCGUCUCUCUCGGCGGUGCUAUUGACGAGUAUUUUGAAGAUGCUAUUGCAAUUGGCUCUUUUCAUGCUGUUAAGAAUGGCAUUGUUGUCGUUGCCUCGGCCGGCAAUUCUGGACCCUUUCCGGGGUCAAUUAGUAAUGUGGCGCCGUGGCUAAUAACCGUUGCAGCCAGCACGAAUGACCGUGAAUUCACCGCUCUUGUCACUCUUGGAAAUAAAAAGCAGCUCAAGGGUCAAAGUCUUUCCUCCAUACCAUUGCCUUCUUCAAAGUUGUAUCCGUUGAUAAGUGGAGCUGGUGCUAAGUUGGCCAAAGCAAAUGCUUCAGAAGCUUUGCUAUGUAAGCCUAAGACUCUUGAUCCCAAGAAGGUAAAGGGGAAGAUCUUAGUUUGUCUUAGGGGAGACACUGCUCGAAUCGAAAAAGGUCAGCAGGCUGCUCUUGCUGGUGCAGUAGGAAUGAUUUUGGCUAAUGAUCUCAGCAGUGGAAAUGAUGUCAUUGCUGAUCCACAUUUCCUCCCAUCUUCUCAUAUCAAUUACAACGAUGGAAAUUUGGUCUUUAGUUACAUCAACUCAACCAAGUUUCCUUUGGCUAAGAUUGCUCAGGCAACCACUGUCUUUGACAUUAAGCAUUCUCCAUCCAUGGCUGCAUUCUCAUCUAGAGGGCCUAGUACCAUUGAACCAACUAUUCUCAAGCCUGACAUAACAGCUCCUGGAGUGAACAUAAUUGCAGCAUACACAGAAGCCAGAGGACCAACUGAUGUCGAAUCCGAUCAUCGUCGAGUCCCAUUCAACAUCCUAUCAGGAACAUCCAUGUCAUGUCCUCAUGUUUCUGGAAUUGUUGGCCUUCUCAGAACUCUUCAUCCUAAUUGGAGUUCAGCUGCUAUAAAAUCAGCUAUAAUGACAUCUGCCAAAACUAGAGAUGGGACUAAGAAGCCAAUACUGGACUCAACCAUGGAAAAGGCCACACCUUUUGCCUAUGGUGCAGGUCAUAUCCAACCUAACCGAGCUAUGCACCCUGGACUAGUCUACGACUUAAAUUUUGAUGAUUAUUUGAACUUCUUAUGUGCACGUGGCUACAACGCAACGACGCUUAAAUUAUUCGCUGGAAAACCUUACAGAUGCCCCAAGUCAUUCGGCUUGACUAACCUCAACUACCCUUCAAUUUCUGUCCCCAGAGUUGGUUUGCGCCCGGUGACUAUUACUAGAAGAGUUAAGAAUGUUGGCACUCCAGGAACAUACAAGGCUUUUGUGAGAGCCCCAGUUGGCGUUUCGGUUUAUGUCAAGCCUGCAAUCUUGAAAUUUAGCAGAGUUGGCGAGGAGAAGACAUUUGAGAUUGUUUUGAAGGCUAAGAUUGUUGGAAGGCCUAAGGACUAUGUGUUUGGAGAGUUGAAAUGGUCUGAUGGAAAGCACAUUGUGAGGAGUCCUAUUUCAGUGAAGUACUAA